GAGGCUGAUUGUGGUGCCGUGAGAUCUGGACAAGUCUGAGCUUUGAGGUUUCGCGGGUUUGAUCGCAGGCAGAAAGAGGUAAGGAAGGUGUACCUUUGCGUGUCGAGCGGCGGCGAAGCGGUUCUUUUGGCUUUUGUUCAUAGGAAUUGGGUUCUGAAACAGCUGGGCUGAGAUCAUGGUGGGAUUCAAGAACCGGUACAUGGUGAUGGAGGUCUUCUUGGAUCCGAAUCGGGAGCUCGGGGUCGAUGACCCCAUCAUACUCACUCAAUUCAACGUGUCCAAAGCGAUAAGGGACAGCAUCCUCGUCAACUUCGGGGAGUGCGGUCUCGCGUCGUCUCUCGGAUCCUUUCAAGUCAAGUAUGUGAAUCCCAUCACGAAGCUUUGCAUUGUCAGAGCUUCUAGGGAGGAGCACCAGAAGGUUUGGGCCGCAAUCACCUUGGUCACAAGCGUUGGAAAUUGCCCGGUGCUGUUCAAUUUACUCGACUUGAGCGGAAGUGUCAAGGCCUGUAAAAAGGCUGCCUUGAAGUGUGAUGAGUUGAAAUUUGAGCAGUACAAGCUUGUGCGGGGGUCUCGUCUCUCGCCUGAGGUGAUCCAGCAGAUGCACAACUGCCAAGAAAAGAUAAAAAUUUUGGAGCACUAGGAGCGCUGCAUUUGUACAGUGUACGUGCCAUUGACUGGUUUAAUCUGAAGCAGCGCAAGUGAGAAACCCUUUUCAACUUUCAGCUUAUGGAUCAUAACUUUCCUUUUCUUCCCCAAGCUCCCCAAGCUUCUCAAGCCCCCCAAGCCCCCCAAGCCCUCUUCUCUUGUAAGUUCAUAUCCUGUACAUCAGACACGCCAGGUGAUCUUUAUGGUGACUUGAUAUGCAUGCCUAGACCUCAUCUUGUCCAUGGAUAAAAUCACCAUUACUGAAACUAGCGGACUCACAGAUAGUCGAUCAUACAGGUUUGAUUGAUCCGUGCAGUUAGAUUUCCACCAAGGUUCAAGAUGCAGUAUGGAAGAUAAAGCAUUCGCUACUGAGUGAACCCGAAAGAAAUAUUGUUUGAGCAAUUGCUGGUACUGGUUAUGGUGCUUGCAGGCAUUAUGCACUGGUCUUGACUUGAGUCUGAUUGCCCUCAACUCCAUGGGACAAUUUUGGGGUAUUCUCAAAACAGUCUUCUUUUAGUUGGGAUUGGGGGUUUACAUGUUCUUUGACUCUGAUGUAUUGUAUGCGAGUCUGGCCACGCGGAAAGAACGGAAUCAAAUUCAGCAAGUUCUAUUUCAAGUAUUAAUUUUGUAUGAUAUCAAUUAAUGUGCUUGUGUCAUAAUCGUCGACAUCAUUCACACAAGCCUGAUAAAGGUUCUAUCUAUUAAGGAAGUUCAUGAAGGUGUCAUUCAUCUUUAUUGUCCUCAUGAUUCAAAGUCAUUUAUGAUCAGAUAUGAGUUAAUGAUAGUCAGAUCGGGUUUGCUUAAUGUGAUUUCUCUCAUCCCUUUCACAUUUUGAAACUCAAAGGAAAGUAGCAAGAUGAUUGGGGCUAA